CUAUCAACCAGCACAAUCACUUCUCAUUAACCACACAGAAGAGGGGCUGCAGGUUGGGGUAAGUGACACCGCGAAGCUUCUAGCUACUCUCAGCCACCAGGUCCGGAUUCGGUCUUCGUUAUUAACCUCGACGACGAGACGACAACGAACCAUUCCAAUUUUUCUACCUAUCUGUUGACAUUCAUAAGGGUAUUGGUUUCAAGAGGAAGGAUGAUUUCUUUAAAAGACAUUGUACCUGCGGCGCAAAACAAUAUAAACACACAGUUCAUACUUUUGGAUAAAGGAAAAAUAUCAUUAGAUGGUCAACAUAAGACAUGCUUGGCACUUGUGGCUGAUGAGACUGCCGGUGUGCAUUUUCAGCUAUGGGGGGAUGAGUGUGAUGCCUUUGAGCCUGGUGACAUUGUCCGUUUGGUUAAUGGCAUAUUCUCUUACAACCGCAACAAUCUUGUUUUGAGGGCAGGCAAGCGAGGGAAGAUGGAAAAAGUGGGAGAAUUCACCUUGGUGUUUGUCGAGACACCAAACAUGAGCGAGAUUCGUUGGGUUCCUGAUCCAAAUAACCCCAAGAUAUAUGUGCAGGAAGCUGUUAUUUCACCCUACUCAAGAAUUUUUCCGCCUAUGCAAUAAUUGUUACGCUUCUUCUGUUUUACUUAAGAAGUGUUGCCUUUCACAUGAAUUCCAAGUGGAAACACCAUGAAUUGUGAGGCUUGUAGUUUUUGCUCAGCAUAGUAUGCAUUUGACCUUGGCUUGAUGUCUCUUGUAUUUUAGAUUAACAUAUGUCAAUUUCAAGUCGAAUGAUCUGUUUACGUGGCUGCAUUCACCU